AGCUGUCGCAGCACAGGGCGAAAGCCCCUUCGCCUGCUGCCAUGUUCGUGGUUGGAGCUUGCCUUGCCCUGGGGGCGUGGUCCACCUUUGCAGUGGCGGAGGAGGACUGUGAAGCUCCCAGCAAUAUCCUCUUGCAAACGGCCCACCAGUCGCGACGUGAUGGGGAGAUGAUGUACCACUGGCCAAAUGGACGCGGGCGCUUCCCCUACUUUGCAGUGUCGGAGCAUAUUGGCCCAUUCGAUCUGAACAAUAGCUUAUCUUGGUCGUGGCAUCACCCAGAGGGGCGUUUCCAUACACUCACCUGGGGCGUGAACAUUGACCAUGAGAUGAAUGUGUAUUUAUCAGCUGCCGAUGGCUUCAGGAAGUUCGACAUGGAUGGCAAGCUCAUGUGGGAAAGAAUCAUUUUGCCGCGCACCACGAUGAAUACUGGGGCCAUUUAUCAGGGCAAGUUUUUCGCAAGUGACACCGAUGGUGGAGUUGAAGCGGUGGAUAUGAAGGAUGGUUCAAGGGUGUGGUAUACCAAGCUCGCCUCAGCCAUCUGUGAAGACAACGGAUUUAAUAUGGUUCACCAAGGCGUCUUGUUCGCCGCUGCGGACUGCAGUCCGCCCUGCAACUAUGACAAGACGUGCAACCAGCUUGUGAAGGCUUUGAACGCCACCACCGGAAAGGAGUUGUGGACCUACAAGCCGGACACGGCGGUGUGGAACUUCCUGGCGCUCUUCCCGGACAUGGAGACCGUCGUGUUCCAGGACAUGUCGGGCAAGGUGUAUAAAUUGACUCUCAACGGCGACGUCAUUUGGAAGGCGGGUGGGCUGAAUGGCACCUGGACCGACGGAGGUGCUGCCUUGGGGCCCAAUGGCAUGGUGUAUGCAGUGAACAACAACCAUCCGCCCGAGGGCUUGUCCCCAGUGGGCCAGAUGGAUCCUCCCACAAUGCCAGGUCAGGUGACAGCCCUAGACGUGGUCACUGGCGACAUCGUGUGGCAGGUGACCACGCCUCGGCCGCCCAACAACGCGCCGGCGGUGGGAAAGGUGCAGGGCUGGGAAGGAUUGUCGCUGGUCGUGCCCCUGUGCCAACAAGUGAUCAAAGGCGCCCAGUGCGAUGUGCACGUUUACAACGCCAAGACGGGCGCGUUGAGAUGGGUCUUCCAUGGUCCCACGCAAAAACACCUGCUGCAGGCGGGUGACGCUGAAGGCACACAAACGAGAAUCGACUCGGGCGUGCGGUCAUGGUGUUUGCCGAACGGUUGGAGUGCACCAACCAUCGCUGCUGAUGGGGUGGUCUUCGUGGGGAACGAGGAUGGCCUCUUCUUCGCGCUUCGAGAUUCAGACGGAGAUGGUCGAGCCAUUGGUGUUGACGAGGUGCGCGCCUUCGACACCAAAGCGGCCUUCAGCGGUUCCAGUUCGCCCGCCCUGGCUCCACAGAUGGUGGCCGUCGCCUCCUGCGAUAGCCUCUUCGUCUUUAAGAACUGAGGAUGGCCGUAUGUGCCCACAGUUCUGCACUUCCGCCAGCGAGGAAAAGGGCGUUAAGAAGUGAAGGGAUUGGGGUCUGGCUAGAACCACAGGACUCAGAUUAAUUGCCUG